AUGAAGAGUGAUGAGUCUAUGCGUCUUCCUUUGUACUUUAACAAGGAAAACCCCUCAUCUGUCCACAAGUUUGACCUGAGUAAAUAUAUCAGUCCAGAGAAGAUAACAGGGUGGGUUCUUGUGAAGGUGAUGCCUGUGAUUGCAGCAUCCAGAAAAGCAGUGAUCAGUUGUGAUAUAAUUGAAGGGAGCAGCACUGAAGCUCUGGUCUCAGUGCUCAACUCAGAAACCUCCAGUCUGAGAGAACUGCAUCUGACUGUGAAGACACUGGCGCUGUCUGGGAAUAAACUAGAAGACUCAGGAGUGAAGCGUCUCUGUGCUGGACUGGAGAAUCCUCACUGUAAAGUGGAGACACUGAGGUUGUGGGGUUGUGGUGUCUCAGAUGAAGGCUGUGCUGCUCUGAGUUCAGCUCUGAGAUCAAACCCUUCACACCUGAGAGACCUGGAUCUGACUAAUAAUAAUCUGGGAGACUCAGGAGUGAAGCGUCUCUGUGCUGUACUGGAGAAUCCUCACUGUAAACUGGAGACACUGGGGUUGUGGCGUUGUGGUGUCUCAGAUGAAGGCUGUGCUGCUCUCGCUUCAGCUCUGAGAUCAAACCCCUCACACCUGAGAGUACGGAGUCUGUAUGGGAAUAAAAUAGGAGACUCAGGAAAGAAGUUUCUCUCUGCUCUUAAGGAUGAUGAACAUUACAAACUACAGGAACUCUUGUAA